CCCCCCAAAUGGUUUUCAAAGUUGCUAUAACUGUCCUGUUCAAUCCGGAAGAAAAUUGCCCUGACAGGAGAGUGUAUUUAAGUGAUGCCUAGCGACAAGUAAUUAGGCAGAAGAGCGCACAUGCUGUUCGAUCCGAAGAGCGAGACCAAGAUGAGGCUCAGUGGGAGUCUCAGCCUCAGCGUUAGCAGGUUACUGCUAAUGUUACUGAUGCUCUGUUCGUCCCUUGGAACCAGUAAUGGAGGGGCAUUCGUGGGAGUGAACAUCGGCACGGAUGUGUCGAACAUGCCGUCGGCAUCAGAUGUGGUAGCGCUGCUGAAGAGGCAGAACAUUACCCAUGUUCGGCUAUUCGACGCGGACCGGCAGAUGCUACUGGCCAUGGCCAACAGUAGCAUUCAAGUCAUGGUGACUCUGCCCAACAAUCAGCUUUUGGGCAUCGGCCAAUCGAGCUCGUCGGCGGCUAAUUGGGUCAACAAAAACGUGGCCGCCUAUUUGCCCAACACCAACAUCACCGCCAUUGCUGUGGGAAGCGAAGUGCUCACUACCCUUCCCAACGCUGCGCUUGUCCUGGUUCCGGCCAUGAAGUUCCUUCACGCUGCACUGGUGGCUGCUAAUCUGGAUGGGCAGGUCAAGGUUACGAGUCCCCAGGCUACGGACAUAAUUGUCGACCCUUUCCCGCCCUCUAGUGCUGUGUUCAACUCCUCCUGGAACCGUGUCAUGACGCCCAUGCUCUCCUUCCUGCGGGACUCCAACUCCUACCUCACUCUCAAUGUCUACCCUUACUAUGUCUAUGUGCAGUCCAAUGGUAUCUUCCCACUCGACUAUGCGCUCUUCCGCACUCUCCCUGCUAACAAAGAAGUUGUCGACUCCAACACUCUGCUUCACUAUACUAAUGUAUUCGACUCCUUGAUCGACGCUGCUUAUUUUUCCAUGGCCUUCAUGAAUUUCACCGACAUUUCUGUUGUGGUGACAGAGUCCGGAUGGCCCUCCAUGGGCGGCCCUAGCGAGACCGACGCCACAGUCGAGAACGCCGAAACCUACAAUAGCAAUCUCGUUGCGCAUGUCCUCAAUAACACAGGAACCCCCAAACACCCUGGCAUAGCCGUCAACACAUACAUCUAUGAGCUCUUCAAUGAGGACCUCAGACCUGGCGCGACCUCGGAAAAAAAUUGGGGGCUUUUCUCAGCUAACAGCACGCCCGUCUACUCUCUCACCGGUACGGUUUCGAUUCUCGCCAACGACACCACCGGUGAGAGUUUCUGUGUUGCCAUAUCAGGGACAGAUACCAAGCUUCUUCAGGCGGCGUUAGAUUGGUCCUGUGGAAGCGGCGGAGCUGAUUGCCAGGCUAUUCAGGUCGGCGGGAGUUGCUAUGAGCCUAAUACCGUUGCGGACCAUGCCUCUUAUGCCUUCAACACCUAUUAUCACAAGAUGGGCAUGCAAACUGGAGCUUGUUCUUUCAACGGAGUUGCCAUGGUUACUCCUACUGAUCCCAGUCAUGAUUCUUGUAAUUUCACUGGCAGCAUUAGCACAAAUACAACAAAUGGUACAGUUAAUUCGACAUCAGCUCUGGGUAGCUUUGGUAAUUCUUCCACAAGUUCUGCCCAUCAUUAUCGAUUCCAAAUCCACCCCAUUCUUUACCCAGUGAUUGCCCUUCCCAUUCUGCUCUGGAAUCUGCCCGAUUUGUAGGACCAAAACUAUUAUUCACGAUGGAUUAUUUAGAAGAGCAAUUAAGGGCUUAUUCUUUUCUUCUACAGCCUGAGGAGGAGAAUUGGGCCGUGCGUUACAGGUGCACUCACAGGUGAUGAGAAUGAAAGGUCUCAUCGGCUGUAAUUUUGUCAAGAGGCAGACCAUUCAGAUGUUACUUUUGCAGAGGGCACAAAUUUAUUGUCAGAUGAGAGACAUUACAACUUGUCUUAUUACAAGAUUUCUAUGAAUGUAUUGUCAUUUUUAUAUCACCACGUGUACAUGUCAGUGUUAUCGGGUGUAGAGAUAGGUCACAAGUUGAGAGUCUCGUCUCAUUCAUUCACAGCGCAUUUUGUCCCCCACUAUAAAAUUAGAUCUCUAUGUUCUAGUGUUGAGAUACUACGAUUGUACCAUCCCAGGCAGACUGGUUACACUGUUCAUCAAGUGUAUUGCGUUUAUAAUGGUUGAAUUGAAAUAAAAUUCAAUUGGGAACUUAAAUUUA